GCAUUAAAAAGAAAUUAAUGAAAACGUUGCAACAAUAUAAAACAAAUCGCACUUGCUUUGUUUCGUUAAAAACUGAAACAUUUUGACGUUUUCGUUCAAAGAUCGGAAUGUUUGACGUUUUUCGUCAAAACACGAUUAGAUUUUGACACACGUUUCGUUAAAAGAUAGAUGUUUUGGAUGUUGUGUGGAAUUAGUUGAUUGAAUAAAGUGCUCCGAAAACGCUAUGGAUACUACCAAGUGCAGCAUAAAUCUGGCUAUGCGUGCGUUACCUUAUGCGUGUUGAGUUUAUUUUACACCUGUGACGAUUCUGUGCAGCCGUUACAAAGACGAGCGCGUGUGCGUGUGUGCAUUUUGGCCUAUGCCGUUUGACCAACAUAUUCAAGGUUUACUGUGCUUGCCCUGUGCUCAUCAAUAACACAAGCGUAACCUUCUGGUGGCGAUAGCAGUGUGUAUUCUCUAGCCUGGGCUACCAAUUUUCCCGUGGUGAGCAGAGCGCGGCCGUUCGGUUAGCACCUUCUGGAACGUCGGUCAACCCCGUACAGGCCCGGAAUCGGAUCAAUGAGGUUCGUAGCGUGCGAAGGCAAAGUGCAUAUGCAAGAAGCUAUCACUGCUAUUACGCACCCUACAUCUCGUCCGUCGUAGAAGCUUCAUCAUCGUAGCCAGUGGCAGCAGCAUAAACCCACCCGACCCAGCAACAUCCACCCCACGUCGUCGACCGAUGUUGUUGUUGCUGUGCGCCCGUUCGUUUGUUGAAGAAGGUGCAAGCGGAACAGUGCGUUCGGAGUACAGAAAACCAUUUGCCAGAGCCAGACAGAACGAUUUAUUUUGGAUUUGUGGCCGUCGAACGAUCGAACGCGGCAGCUGAUUAUGCCCGUGACGUGAGUGAGAAUCGUGAAUAGCAAAGAAAGAAAAGUGAAGAAAAAAAUCAACCAAACCAUACCCGAUAAAACGCGUGUUGCGGAUUGUUUGUGGUGAAGUGUUUCAGUUUUUUUGUGUGCGUGUGUGUGUGUGUGUGUGUGUGGUUGUGCGUGAGAGCAUCGUGCGUGCGUGUGUUUAUUUUGGUGUUUUUUGGUGGUGUGAAGAAAAAGGUGCGUGAUUUCGUAACAACAAGCACACGGCCGCCGUGACACAGUACGGUUGUGAAUGAGUGAAACAGUGCGUAUGUGUGUGUGCGUGUUUGUGUGGCACUAAUAUACACAGAAGCGAGAGAAAGCGCAUCGUAACACAAACAAAGCCCAGCGCCAACACACAAUCAAAAGUGCGUUUAUUGUGCCGUUUUUGAAAGCAGGAUUGAGUGUUGAGCUAAUGUACGUGUGAAUGUGCGUGAAAGUAUUGUCUCAAUUAGCAUAAUUGUUAAACAUUAGUGGAAAGACGAGUGUCGAGUCUGUUCUCGUGUUCACUGCCACACUGCAACUCGUUCCUGAAGAACGGAGGGCUUGUAACAACUACCAACGGAAGCAGUUGAUAACAGCGGAGCGAAAUAUACACAUCUCAGUGAACCUUUACCGAAGGGACAGUGGUUCACCAAGAUGACGAAAACAGCGCCGAAACCAGUGGACGGGGCGGGCAAGGCGGUGAAGCCCGUCAAAGAGAAGCGAAGGAACAAUGAAAAACGCAAGGAAAAAUCACGUGAUGCGGCACGCUGCCGACGUUCGCGCGAGACGGAGAUAUUUCAAGAUUUGGCCAGUUUGCUCCCGAUGCGUCCGGAAGAGGUUGAGCAUUUGGAUAAAGCAUCCGUAAUGCGUUUAUCAAUCGCUUUCCUGAAGGCGCGCAAGAUGCUGGAACUCUUUCCAGGUAUCGAGUGCGGGGAUACAGUCAAAAUCAAGGAAGAUAAUGACAUUUCAAUGGAUUCUACGGAUGGACUUAACUUCAAUGAAACUAAGUUGAGCCUGAAAUCGCUAGGUCUGGAACCCGAAGCAAUCGCCCUCCAGACGUUGGACGGGUUUUUGAUGAUUCUUUCGGCGGAUGGCGACGUAACGUACAUUUCGGAAAAUGUCAACGAAUACCUUGGCAUUUCUCAGAUCGAUAUCAUGGGUCAACCAAUCUGGGAUUACAGCCAUCAGUGCGACCACGAUGAGUUGCGGGAAGCCCUGAACGGGCGUCACCACUCACCGUCCGAGCUGUUGAAUGGGGUGGCAAACAGCGAUUGCCGACCGAUGGAAAAUCGUGAUUUCUUCCUGCGGCUGAAGUGCACACUGACUAGCCGCGGUCGCAGUGUCAAUAUCAAAAGCGCUUCGUACAAGGUGCUUCACGUAACCGGUCAUAUUGCGUGCAAAGAUAAGGAGGGCCAGCGUCAGCUGGUAGCAAUCGCCCGUCCUCUUCCGCAUCCGGCAAACAUCGAGGUACCGCUGGGAUCGAGCACUUUUCUCACGCAACAUACGCUGAGCAUGAAGUUCAGCUACGUCGAUGACAUGAUGCUCUCCCUGCUCGGCUACCAACCGUCAGACUUGCUUGGAAAAUCAUUGUACGACUGUCACCAUGGCACGGAUGCAGAGCAUUUGAUGGCAACUUUUAAGCAUGUCAUCAGCAAAGGGCAGAGUGAAACAUGCCGCUACCGUUUUCUCGCCAAAACUGGUGGUUAUGCUUGGGUCGUCACACAAGCCACCGUCAUAUACGACAAGCAAAAACCGCACAGUGUUGUCUGCGUGAACUAUGUCCUAAGUGGUGUGGAGAACAAAGAUGACAUUUUAUCGUGUGCACAACUGGAAGCACGCCAGCAACUAUCGUCAGACGAAGCAGAACAGUGUAUCAAAAUCAGUAAUAAUAGUGUCGUGUGUAGCGGCGACCAGUCGUCAAUUGAACAGCGUCCGGCAGCAAUUUCUCUGCCGUCUGUCGCCAGCGCAGGUUUAGAGCAAGUGAAAGUGGAGGAAACAAUACCAAUCCCAGUGCUGCGAUCCAGCAACGCUGAGUACGUUGAACUUAUCACCAAUAGCAGUGCUGAGCAAGCUAAACGCAACGAACCUGCAACGGUUGCAAGUGGUGGAAAAGUGUUGUUGUGCGUAAAGAACGAUACUCCGGCGGUAGUGUCGAGUGAACCUGUGCAGCCGUCUCGCAUCCUGCGCGAGCUGAACAGCAUUCCUGCUGUACCGAAACCAGCGUCUGCAUCGGGAAGUCGUCCCGUAUCGGUUACGGCUUCGAUCUUCACCAGCCUCCCGGCCGGGGCACGUGCUUUGAACAAACCAACAGUGAACGGUACGCCACCACAGCAAUCAUCGGCGGCCGGAUCACCGCAUUCCGUUACGGCGAAGCUGUUCGUAACGCUUCCUCCGGCAGUUGGUGGCGCUAGCGCGACAGGCUGUAACCCCGGCAGUAGCGGUGGAGUCAGCGGUAGCAAACCACAGCACGCCACCGAAAAAAUAUUCGCCCCACGGACGGAAGAUAUGAAUAAAGGAUUCUUGAUGUUCUCUGAAGAAGAGCCUGGAUUGACCAUGCUUAAAGAUGAACCGGAUGAUCUAACGCAUCUGGCACCAACUGCGGGUGACGCUUGCAUUCCGUUGGAAGAAUCCGGCACCUUCUUCAAUGAGAUGUUCGAGGAUUUCAUCAUACCGGACAUCUACACGCUGCUGCAGGACGAGCUAUGCUCGCUAGACUCACAGGACACACGGCUCGAAGCGUCAUCGAUAGUGUCCCAGUCGGGCACCAUCGGCAUCCCGGUGUCCGUUAGCGACAGUCUUACCAAUAGCCUCACUGUAGCGUCGGUUGCCUCUUCGCCGCUUGGCUGUACCACUUCCGGAACUGAGCCCGUACAGUCGCUUGUAAUCCCCAGUUCGGGGGCCGGCACAAAUGGCAGCCAGAGCCUGCAGCACAACCGCUCGUCCAACGCGAACGCGCCAUCCUCGUCACCGCCGUCCGUGUCUGUGUCUUCGUCACCCGUGCCAUCGUCCCCCAGCAGAUCCCACACGUCGUCCAAUCCCAACUCACCGUCGGGUACGUCGGGACUCGGGUCAUCCGCUUCCAGCACGAUUUCGACCCUCGACGGUCGUCGCCAUUCGACCAUCGGAGGCACCAAUCAGCACAACGCCACCAGCAAUGACCCUUUCAUCAAUUAUCGGGACGAAGUGAACGAAGUUAGUCCCUCGCCGCAUUUACUGUCGCCCGGCAUAUCGAAGAGUCCUGAGAGCAGCAGCCUACCAUCGUUAUGUAGCCCGAACGGUUCCCUGCCAGAAGAUGAACUUGCAUUUAUGAGCCUUAACAUGGACGAGCUCGAUCUGUCAAUGCGGGCUCCGUACAUCUCCAUGAGUGAAGUCGACGAUCUACCACUGUUCACCUCGGACGAUCUGCUGUGGGGUGUGCCGGCUGCCACGAUCGAAGGCAACAACUCCGGUACAUGCAUCAGCGCGUUCGGUUUGUCGGGGAAAUUCUUCAUGAAAGACGAAUUCAGCACGAUCGGAUCAUCAUCGAAUGGUGCGGACAACAGCACACUGGUGAACCAACAGGACUCAUCGACCGUACAACACUCCCUGACAGUGGACAAAGAGCACAGUCUCAUCAUUAGUGGAGCCGAAGCGGGCUCUUCGAAUGGCUCCGUCGCCUUGAGCAACAGCAAUCGUUCCAUGGAACUACCAGCAAACAACAGCAAUAAUGACAGUAAAUCAACGCUGACAACUACAGCCAGUGCGUCAAUUGACUCUAGCCUAGCGGCACUCUUAUGCGGGGGAAAUGUCAUCAGCAUACAAUCGGAAACGUCCAACGUAUCGCAACAAUCGCAGCCCAUUGGCAAUCAGAUUCUGACCCCACACGCUAAUGGCACCCUAAAUGCGGGAAAUCAGCAGGAACACCAUCGCCACAGCAACCAGCCUCAACAACACCUCCACGUGCAACAACUGCAACUCGACAGCGCACAACAGCGACAAGACACACCUGCAACCGGAAAGCGCAUCAAGCUUUCGGAACAAACCCUUCACUCCAUGGUUGUGCUACCAGCAAGCGUAAAACUAUGCGACACGUGGAAGUUUGACGAUUUGUUACAACUGAACGGAACCGUUACCACCAAUGCGAAAGGCACCACGCAACAAGGAACUGCCGUACCGCAGGCAAACAUUAUCGCAUCAUUCGUCACUACCGCUACGAAAAAGUCGGCCGGCGCUGGCAGUGUGAAUGGAAACAAUAAGCGCACCCUAAACGGUGUUAGCGAAGCUGCCGGUGACACCGGAACCGGAAACAAUUGCAAGCGUCUCAAAUCGUCCACCGCAACGACACCCUCUUCAGCACCACAGCUACUGCAACAACUGAUGGCACCGUCGCCGGUACCACAGAAGCUAAAGUCCAAGUCCCGAUCCGCGCAGGAUGGCACCGCCGGUGGACGCUGGCCGAAUGGGCACGCGGGCAACAAUGGUGGACUGCUGCAGGAACAGUCCGGCAACUCGGUGCUGAUGAAUCUGCUCGUCAGCGGUUGCGAUAAAACUAUCCCCCUAACACCACCGGAAGUUUUGAUUGAGAACGCUACUGAAUUUUCCUCCAAUGGCAACGAUAUGCAGUGUGACAGCAACACCGGAGACAUGCUGUACAGCCUCGGCGAUGAGGAUGACGGUGGCGUUUUGUUCAGCUCGACCAACCCUUUGAUCGGUGGUCAACGGCCACUGAACGAUCCGAUCGCUCGUCCACUCACGAUCCAGACCGAUUCCAUCCUGCCGGGUACGGUCGGAAACGGCGGAAACGACGGUGUCCAAGGUGGUGUCGAUCGCUUCCGGUCGGGCAAAUUGUUCGCCACUUCGCCGGCAAACUCAUCAAACCGACCGCCCACCAUCGGUGGCACGAUGGACGAGUUCUCGAUGAUUGUUUCGCCGAGUUUGCUGACACCGACCGAUAUGGAAAUUUGGCGCGCCAUCCAGCAGGGUCAGCUGGAUCCGAAGAAGAUCACCACACCGUCCACAUACGGCAGCCCGUCCGGUGGCCUCAUUCCGAAAUCGCUGUCCAGCACACCGACCGCUUACCUUUCGGCCGAACUGCUCGGUGGUGAUGGUUCCGACGAGGCAAACCUGCUAGCCGCCCUGGGCGAUGACGGUCUGGGCGAACUUGACGUCAGCAAGGAUCGUGCCGGUGGCUUCCGGACGAUUCAUCAUCAGCAGGGUAUGCUCAUUUGAUUGCUCGAGACGCUUUAAGUUCGUCGUUCGUUUGUAUCGGUUUCGUGCAUUUCUUCGUUAGGAUGGUUUUCAAUUUUGCAUUCGGAUUAUCUUUUUAUCCUAGUUCUGUAAGUCACACUCUGUAUACCUUUCUAACGGGUUUUUUUUUUAUUUUUGUAUGUUUUUUUGUGAACUUUUUAUUAAAACGCGAUCAUCGUCAAGCAAAAGGUAGUGAACAGUAGUAGCAAAGGUAGAAGCUAAAACAGACAGCCCAAUAACAAACUUUAACAAGGUUUCAAGAAACGAGCAUUCAAAGGGUAGAAAAAGAGCUUAGCAGAUCGUCGAAAUGAGUAGAAAGUUGUGCUUCAUUUAACGCUAAGAUGUGUCUGCGUGUUUUUUGCCAUUUUUGUUUGCCAAAAGUAACUUCACGAAAUAAAUCCACUUACAACGAAGGAAGGUUUCAGUUUCCCCCCGUUAAUUAAAUGAGAUAUGGUGCGGCCAAUCUGGUGGAAUAGUGUUUUAUGCAGCUUAGUAGACAAAAUAGCAUAUAAAUGACGUGUAUUUGUAGCGAACUGGAUGUGAAGGAAAGGCGACAGUGAAUCAGAGUACAAUUUUAUAUCGACGUAGAGUGCAAAGAAAAAUAUUAACUAAUCCAAUAUAUAUACAUAUGUGACUGGUUGCUUAAUGGAGGCCAUCAGCAUGCAUCAUGCACCCAACUGGACAGAUUUUAACGUUAAAUACGUUUGAGCUACGACGUUUCUCGCAUUUCCAUCGGGCACCUUUCUAUGCACAAAAUAUUCUGGUUUGCAGUAAAACAAGCGACAUUUAUUAGAAUUAUCAGCAAAAAGAAACAGUUUAGCUAUACAAGCAUCGAUUUAGCUAUAAUAAGCUGGUGGUAGAAAUCUAACGAUAGAUUAUUGUGUUACAUGUUUUUGGCACAGGUUUUCGUGCCGGAUGGUGUUUAAAUUAAAUUUUCUUUCUUUUCCCUUGGCCGUCCCCUGGGUGACUGGGGACCCACUUUUCUGCUUCUUUUCAAAAACAUGCGACAAAAAUUUUCGGUAAAACGUUUGGGUUUUCAUCUAUAUUCACAAGAGCCUUUUUUUCUGUAAAAAUAGAACGCUUUGCAACGAUAUCAUAUGUAUUAGCACUAAUCAGAAAUAAAGAGCAAAUAAAAAGUA